CGCUUGGGAAAAAGAUCAGUUAUCAAGACUUCUAAAAAGACUGAACAUGAAAACAUUUUUCCCUCGAACUGCGGUUGAUGAAAGAGGUUAGAGGUCAUUUGUGUCCUGGAGGGGCUGAAGCUCCCUAACCCCUCUUUCUACGACUGAAUGUUUGAUUUAGGAGCGUCGUAUUAAUCUCUUGCUUUCUUGUUUCAUCAUCGUUUCCUGAUGUUCUGAUCUAACAUUUGUUUUCUGUCUAUAAAACGGUGUGUUUAGUGAUGCUUUCUAAAGUCUUCUCCUCAGGCGGUGCUGAAACGUAGCUCACUCCAGUCGUGUUUCUGCAGAUUUCCCUGGAGGCCGUUGAAAGCCUGGGUCUCCUCCUGGAGGGCUCGGUGGGCCACGGUAAAGGUAUUCAGCCCGUCCACAGGCUGCUGACCAAAGGUCCGCUCCAAGCCCAGUCAGGAUUCUCGUCGCUGAGCCGCUCCUUCCCUCUGGACAAACUCCUGUCGUGUCUCCAACAAAACCUCACGCUCAACCCGUUCGGGAUGACCGCCUGCCUCCAGUCAGGGAAGAAACUGGCCUGGGCUCAACAAGUGGAAGGAGCCAUGAAGAGAGCCAAGAUUGCCCGGAACACCCACACGGCCGCCGCCGGCAGUAAGAUUGUGCUGAUGUCCCAGGUCAUCAAACAGACUCUGGCCAAAACGUCUGACAAGCUGACCGGAGCCAACCUCAAGAUCCACCGCUGCUCCGAGGCCUUCAUAUACCUGCUGUCUCCUCUCAGGUCCGUCAGCGUCGACAAAUGCCGCGACUGCACAGUGGUCCUGGGUCCCGUACAGACCAGCGUCCACAUUCACGGCUGUCAGAAUGUUCGCGUGGUGUGCGUGGCCGGCAGGGUGGUGGUCGGCGCCUCGUCCAGGUGCACCGUCCACGCCCUGACCCCCACCUGCCCGCUGCUUCUGCCCGGUAACUCGAACAUAACCCUGGGUCCCUUCCAUACCUUCUACCCGUCGCUGGAGGACCACAUGGCCAGCGUGGGGCUGGCUGUGGUCCCCAACGUCUGGGAUCAGCCUUUGAUUCUGGGAACCGAGGGCCUCGCCGGCCCCCUGUCCAAGUCAGACACCUCCUGCUAUCGCCUGCUGCCCCCGUCAGAGUUCCACGCACUGGCCGUGCCCUUCCAGAUGGACGGCGACACGUGCGAGAUCCCUGGUGGUCUGCCGCCGGCGUACCAGGCGGCGCUGAGUGAAAAGAAGAAAAGGAUUCAGAGCUGGCAGAGAACGGUGAUGGAGGCCCGGCUAAACAAGGAGCAGACACAACAGUUCCAGGAGUUGGUGGAGUUAAAGUUCCAUGAGUGGCUUCUAGAAACCGGCCACCGACAGGAACUGGACAGCCUGAUCCCGCCCACCAUGACCUCCGCCACGAAAGACGGCAGCCGGAUGAAAGAAGCCAAAGCUGUCAGCGUAGCAGGAGGAGACGGAACUGCAGCUACUGCUUAAUGAACAUGAAAGGACAGGCAGCUAGGGAGCGGCUGCAACGGCAUGUCGCAGAGCAACAUGACGAGGCUUCCUGUCUGUGGAUCAAAGGUUAAACGGGCAUUUAGAAAACAAAACUACUGAAGAUCUGCUUCAUGGGUUCAAAACAUUCAGAAGAGUUUCUGCUUCCCACAGAACCUGGAGAGACGUUCAAGACAGGAUAUCCAGAAAUAAAACCAUGACGUUCUGCUGAUGUUUUGAUGAUGAAAAGCUGUACCUGCUUAUGCUGCUAAAAUAAUAUUAAAUAUUGACAGAGAUUAUACUUUCUGUUCCAUUUAUUUUUGUUAAGUGUAAUUUGUCUUCAGGUGUUUGGAGAGAACCUUAUUUGAUUUUCCUGUUUUUCUCAUUACAGAAUAAAACUAGUCAGACCUGCAGUGUUAACCUUCCUGUUUGAGGUGGCAGCCAUGUUGGUAUUUAAUGUUUAGUUAAAGAAAAAUACCACGUCUUAAACUCUGGGCGUGUCUGUAUAUUGUCGCAGCCUUUAAUGAAUCAGAUAAUGCAGAACCAGUGAUAAUGUCAGAACUGUUCUGACUCGCUACCGGUUGGCCCGAUUACCAGCUGAUCUCUCUGUGCAACA